GAAGAUGGCGGAAGAAGAGCGGAAUGCCAGUGCAGAGAAACUCAAGGAGAAGGCUAAUGACUACUUUAAAGAUAAAGACUAUGAGAACGCCAUCAAGUAUUACACAGAAGCACUGGAUCUCAACCCAACCAAUCCCAUAUACUACAGUAACCGGAGUCUGUCGUAUCUGCGCACCGAGUGCUAUGGCUAUGCGCUGGCCGAUGCCACCCGAGCCCUGGAGCUGGACAAGAACUACCUUAAGGGCUACUAUCGGCGAGCCACCUCCAACAUGGCCCUGGGGAAGUUUAAAGCAGCACUCAAAGAUUAUGAAACGGUGGUUAGAGUUCGGCCCAAUGACAAAGAUGCCAAGAUGAAGUACCAGGAAUGUAAUAAGAUUGUCAAGCAGAAGGCCUUUGAACGGGCCAUCGCCAGCGACGAGCUCAAACGAUCAGUAGUCGACUCCUUAGACAUCGAGAACAUGACAAUUGAGGACGACUAUGCGGGACCUAAACUUGAAGAUGGGAAGGUUACGCUGAAGUUCAUGGAAGACUUGAUGGAUUGGUUCAAAGACCAAAAGAAACUGCACAGAAAGUGUGCUUACCAGAUACUGGUUCAAGUUAAAGAAGUUUUAACCAAACUUCCUAGUCUUGUUGAGAUUACAUUAAAAGAGUCAGAGAAAAUCACUAUUUGUGGCGAUACACAUGGCCAGUACUAUGAUCUUCUAAAUAUUUUUGAGCUGAACAGCUUACCAUCUCCAACUAAUCCCUAUCUGUUCAACGGAGACUUUGUGGACCGCGGAUCUUUUUCUGUCGAGGUCAUUCUUACGCUUUUUGGCUUCAAGCUGCUCUAUCCAGAACACUUCCACCUGCUAAGAGGUAACCAUGAAACUGAUAACAUGAACCAGAUGUAUGGCUUCGAGGGUGAGGUAAAAGCGAAGUACUCCUCCCAGAUGUUCAAGCUGUUCAGUGAAGUCUUCCAGUGGCUUCCUCUUGCGCAGUGCAUCAAUGACAAAGUACUGGUGAUGCACGGUGGACUGUUUAGUGAGGACGGUGUGACCUUAGAUGACAUUAGAAAGAUAGACAGGAACAGGCAGCCGCCAGAUUCUGGUCCGAUGUGUGAUCUCCUGUGGUCAGAUCCUCAGCUGCAGAACGGACGCUCCAUCAGUAAGCGCGGCGUGAGCUGUCAGUUCGGGCCCGACGUUACAGAGCGAUUCUUGGAGCAGAACAAACUGGAGUACAUCGUGCGCAGCCAUGAGGUCAAAGCCGAAGGCUACGAGGUCACUCACUCAGGGAAGUGCAUAACCGUGUUUUCAGCGCCAAAUUACUGUGACCAGAUGGGGAAUAAAGGAGCGUACAUUCAUCUCAGGGGAUCAGACCUCAAGCCAGAGUUUCACCAGUUUACUGCUGUGCCUCAUCCAAAUGUCAAACCGAUGGCAUACGCCAACUCCCUGAUGCAGAUGGGUAUGAUGUAGAGGUUUUCUCACACAGAAGCUGCUGUGGUCUGAAGUCCACGCCAAUCCCUCCAGGACUGAGUUUGGACACCCCUGCCUUGAAUAGAUGUCAUCCUUGGGUUGAUACCCCCUCCUUGGUCAUUAGGUGUUCAUGUGAAGCUACACAGUUUGAAUCGGAUGAUAAUAAAACUAAAUUGUACCAAAGAACAACAAAUAUAUAUGUGUAGCGUCACAAAAUAAGAGCGCUCAUGUAGAAUUACAGCUCCUGCGACCAUGCGGAUCAAAACCCUGAUCAACACUUUACAAAAUCUGUGUUUCUACAUGAACCUUUCGUUUGCCCCGUGAAUACAUCGCAGGACCGUUUCCUUUACAUUUAGUGAAGUGUUGGGAGGGAGAACGGUCAUUAAUACUGUAGUAGUAUAGAUAUUAACGUGUCAUCUGUUCACAUGAGGAAAAGAAAAGCAACGUAUAAUAAAGAAACUCCACGCACAGCAUCUGUCUUGCAGGCUAGGGUUUCUGUUUGUCCAACCUACAUGAUAAAUGUCACAAAACAAAUUGAGCUGCUGUGUAAAACUUCCACGGUUUUCCUUCACACACUCGCUCCCUUUUAAGAAGGAUAGAACAGUGUGAUAUUAUUAAGCUCGGUCUCUUGUCUCCACUAUGUAGGCAGCUCCCACGGUUAUUCGUUUUUCUCCCAACAUGCUUAACUGAAGUGCACUGGAGAUUCUCUAUAUCAGUGUUUCUCGACCAUGUUCCUGGAGGACCACCACAUUCUCCUUGUCUCCUCAACCGAACACGCCUGAUUCAGAUCAUCAGCUCGUUAGCAGAGACUGAAAGACCUGGGUGUGACGAACACACACACGAACAUGCAGUGCUGGCGAUCCUUCGUGGAACGUGGUUGAGAAACACUGCUCUAUAUCCAUUUUUUUUAUUUCCGUUUAGCAGAUCUCCCUUUUUGUGUGUGUGUAUGUGUGUGGACUUCCAGCAGAAUCCUACCUUACUGUCUCUUUAAACGCACAGCAGUCAUGACCCCACGCCCCUUGACUUUUUAGAGGAUAUCAGUAUGUACACCAACAUGUAUGUAUAUAUACUUUAUCAUUUGAAACUUCUGUGUACAUGUUUGGAAAAGACAAGAUAUUGAAUAAUAAAACAAAUAUGCCAGUCUGA